AUAAUUACCAACUUCAUGGACAAUUAAAAGUACAGGAAUUUCAUUAGUUGGGUUAAUCCUUUUGGUUCCUUUUAAUUUUUGAAGAAAAAGUACAGAAUAAACCUUUUUUCACAUUAAUCAAGAUUAUCAUGCAUGAUCAAAUAAGCUAGAAUCUUUGCCAAAAGCUUCUGAUUAAACCUUUUUAUUGUGAAAUCUCAUGAAUUGCGUGACACUACGAAUUAGCCAAAAGUCACUUUUUUUCAUGAUUCAACAAUAGCAUCUUUGUGAUUUUGAAGCUUCCUUAUGCUGGUAUUCUAUAUAUUCCGAUUGUUUGCAAUGAUAUGAUGGGCAAAGGGUUAAUGGUAGUUUAUUGUUUGGAAAUGUUUGGAAGUUGGUUUUUAGUCCAACAAAAAUCAUCCAAAAUGAAUACCGGACAUAGGCCUACUCUUGCUCUACCUUCUUCGUCCUUGGUAAGGAUGGCGAUGAGGAUCUCCAGAGCAAGGUGGUUCUCUUUCUUAAGAAGAGUAUUCCACUACCAGAAUGGAUCAAGAUCUGAUCUUAGCUCGAAUCCUUUCAAGUCAAGCACUUGGAUGCUGAUGGAAUUUAUAGUUUUGGUGAUUCAAAUAAGCAUCACAACAUUUACUAUAGCCAUUUCCAAGGAGAAGCUUGUUUGGCCAAUGAGAAUAUUGAUUGUUGGUUAUAAUAUUGGAUGUGUUCUUAGUCUGUUGCUACUCUACGGCUGCUAUCGGCAUCAUCUCAAUCAUGGAGAUGGUUUUGGCCUUUCUGAUGUGGAACAGCAGAGGGGCAGUGAAUAAUCUAGGAAUAAUAUUGGUUGUUCAGUUUUUUUGGCAAGCACACCACCUAGAAGUUUGUUUAUAUAGCGUGCUUCAUCAAUGCCGAUAACUGGAAGAGGUAGAGGUCGAUCAUGCGGCGUGAGCUACGGUUGGGGGAGAUCUCAGAGCAAUGAUGAAGUUCGGAAUAAAGUACCCAUUGCUGCGAUGGAUCUUAGAGAUGACUCAUCCUCAAGCUCAGAUGACUUAACCGAUCCACCUAAUGUCGUCCCAAGCACAGAACCGAAUGACAUGCCAGCAGUUGAUUCGUCACUAAGCACAAACCCGUCUAUACCACUUCGCCAGAAGCAUGGGCGAGGAGCUGCAAAGAGCACAGAGUUUGAAAAAGUGCAAAAGUAUGGAAAGAUACCCUUGAGGAUAAAGGACGGUGAAACUGCACCUUGUUGUGAAAACGCUACCUUGUUUACUACAAGGGUUACCUGGUUGGUCAAGCACCAUGUGGACUUGAGUCAUGCUAGCUGGCACGAUGUACCAGCUAAUGAGAAGGAAGAAUUAAUUACACGCAUUCAGGCUAACUUCAUCCUCGACUGGACCAAGAAGAACCAUCGUGAUACGGUUACGAAGACACUACGCAAGCGGUUUAAUCAUAUUCGCUAUGAUUUACAUAGAACCUACAAGCAAUAUGAGAGCAAUGAAGAAGCACUUGCGAAUGUGCCACCGUUGGUGACACCAGCCACUUGGGUAAAGUUAUGUGCUCGAUAUUCAAGCGAUGACUUUAAGUGGAUGUCUGAACGAAAUAAAAGUAAUAGGGAGAAGCAACAAAACAAUCACACGGCUGGGCGAAGGUCAUUUGUGCGGCUAAUGGAGAUGAGGUCUGGGAACGAGGAGAAUUUGGUUGAUUUCUUUAAAGAAGUCAGGUGGUCAAAGAAGAAUGACAAAUUUGUGACUCCCAUGACGGAAGAGAAAUAUAACGAGAUGGCAGCAAAGAUGGCAGAGCUGGAGCCUGAGAAGCGAACUAAGGAGGCUGCAACAACAAUAUCUAAGGAAGUUUUGGGCCACAGGCUAGGGUAUGUACAGGGUCUCAGCGAGAUGGUUAUUCCCGAGUCAUCUAGACAAUCAACUAAUGCCCGAAUAGUAGAAUUAACUAAACGUGCAGAAAGAAGUGAGAAAAAAGCUGCACAUUAUAAGGCUUUACAUGAUGACUUACGAGUGAAUGUCAUGUUAUUAAUGGAGAAACAAGACAAGUACGACAAGUUUAUGGAGAGAUAUGAGUUAGAGAGGUAGACCCAGGGAGAGUCUUAUAGAGAGACUCAGGGACCUGCAUAGCCAGUUACUAAAUUUGAGAGUAACAAUUUUUUGUCAAUUUUGGUAAGGAGAUGAAAGUUAAAAUAAUAUAACAAGAAAAUGUCUCACAUGUCUCACAUAUCUCCAGAACCUCCUCUUUUGUACAUCAGUUACUGGUGUGAGGUAGGUAGUAUAUUUUUUGGUUAAGGAUAUUUUGUAGCUUUUGUCUAGCGAUGUACGUUGCUUUUGCCACCAACAUGCACAUUGGAAGUUCUUGGUCAUCAAUGUACAAUGAAAUUGCUACAGCAAGGUAAGUUAUCAAUACAUACGUAGCCUUUUAAUAAUAUUAUUAGUACCUGACUAACCUACAGAUUUUCAUUUAUUCUUGUUCUGACAUUGUUGCUUUUUAUGUAUCUUUCAACAUCUAUAUGACUAAGAAUAAAUAACUUGUUUCAUCAUUAUUCUGAAAUUUUUUUUUUCUGUUUGGUCAAUGAAGUUGCUGAAUGAGAGAUAUCAUAGAAGAAAUCACCUUGGGAUCAAAUUGCCAAGUGUUGGAUUUUUCUCACAUUGGGUACUGUGAUUUUGGAAGCUAGCUUUAUACCAGACUAAAGAGCUAGCGUACUUAGAGAUUUUCUGAAAUGGACUCAUUAGUCUUCUGAAUCAUGUAAAAGGUAGCUCCAAUUUCAGAAAUAUGUUGCAUUUCUUUACAGUUGUGUUGAAGCACUUGAAGUAAAAUCGGUGAACCAAAUUCAACUCUUCCCAUACUUGCUGAAUAUGGUGAUUAGAAAGAAAAACACUUGCAAUGAAGAAGCUGGUGCAUUCAUGAAGGCAACUUGCUGUUAGACAUUUAUAGUUUGAACAAAAAACACUUGUAAAUUUAUAUUCCAUUGUGAUAUGUUGGAUGGUAUUAUGUAAAACGUACACUUAAAUCUUGGUGAAUUUUAAAUGUACGUCGAGGUUAUUUGAAUGAUGUUGACAUAUAAUAUAUAUGUGCAAUCAGAUAUAAAUUUAUCCAAA